AUGUCCCGCCAGGCAAUUACCGAUAUGAGGGCUAUUUCGUUAAAAGCACAAAUUCGACAAAGCCCAGCACUAAAAAGGACAAUCUGCAAGUUUUGCGACUCGCUGCUGGUGGAGGGACAGACGUGCCAUUCGUUCAUCCAGAACCCUAGUAAAGGGGGCCGCAAGCCGUGGGCAGAUGUUCUCGUCAUCGAGUGCAAGACGUGUGGGAAUUCAAAAAGAUAUCCCGUCGAUGCGCCACGGCAAACGCGCAAGGCAAUUCGUUUACGGAAACAGGAGACCCUGUCCGAUAAACAAGGCGGAGUGGCCCAGGAAGGAGAACAAGUUACUUGA